AUGUGUAAACACAACGAGGGCAAUUACUGGAAAACUAAUUCUUGGAAUGGAAGAGCAACCAUAAACUGCUCUGGAGAAGGACUACAUUUUGAAGGCAAUUCGAUCAAUUUAACAACCAUUGAAUUUCACCAUUUAAAAUUUCUUGACACUUUUUUGAAAGCUGACGAUGUUUCCUUAACUGUUAAUAAUUGUUUAUUCGGUUCCUUUGAAAAAGACACAGCGUUUUCCAACCUUAUCAAUGUUUCAGUAACAAAGCACGUACUGGGUAAUCUGAGAAUUAAUAUUACCAGUACAAAUUUCUUAGAAAAGAAUAAUGCUGGUUCUGUAAGCGUUGUUAACAAUCAAACAGUUCCAGUUUUCGUAGAAAUCAGGAACAUCACCGUUGCCAAUAAUUAUUUGAAAAAGACAAAUCGUGUUAUCUCUCUACAAGGAUUUGUGAACUUUAAUUUCAUGAAUUCUGAGAUUUCGAAUACGAAGUUCUCGGAAAAAAGAUCUUUUUUUAUUAAUCCUGCAUAUUUGGUUACCUUCCAGUCCAGUUUCUUUGUCAAGAACAAUGUGAACGAUAACAUUGGACCUAUG